GCCCGGCAUCGUGACAGUUUUAGUCCGGUUGUUUUGGAACAUGCAUCAUCUUUUAUUUCUUUUUUUGUCUUUAUCUAUAAAAGAAGACAUAGAAGUAUAACCGGUGACAAGACUGACAGUUGUUGACUUGACAGCAGAAAAGAAGUCGAUUCGCUGACAAACCUAAGCUGAAACAGCAGUGAUGGCUCUGGAGCAGCUCAGUGAUGUUGUCCAGAGAUGUCAAGCACUUCCUGUGGACAGCUACACCAGUGAGGAUCAGGACGUCUUCUUGAUAUCUGGCAGAACGUGCAUUGAGGAGGGAAAUGUUGCCCAGGUCCUCAGUAUUAUCCUGGAUGAGAAGAAUAAGGAGGUAGUGAGAUAUAUGGGCUGGAGUCUGCUGCCUCCACUGGUCGGAAUUUUGCUUAAGAAAGAAGAACGGAAUGUUCCUCAGUGCCUGGCCAUUUUCAACCACCUGAUUGAGUCCUGCAGCCCCAAGGAGCUUCUUAUUGGUCUGUUGGAGAACAUGGAGCAUGAUGAUCCAGACACCAUCGCAGAGAGUGUCCAUCUGCUGUUGACCCCUCUGCAGAAAGUCCUGAUGCGUCUUGGCAACCGUAAGGCCUCCUCCUUAGGCAUGACCCUGUCCUCCGUGUUGGACCAGGUGACCAAACUGCCUCUGCCCCGGACCAAAGAGCAGGAGGAGGACGAUGUCUUUUCAGUUUGUCGCAGCUGCACUGACCUGAUAGUGUUUGUCAGACCGUUUGUCCAGGAGGUCAGUCGAACUCUGCUGAAGAGCGACGAGCUGAGCGACAGCACCCAGAAGAUGACCAUCAGACAGAGGACCGACGAGGAAGAUGAACUGAGAACAGAACUGCUGAAGUUCUGCAUGAAGGCCUUGAGUCGCCCCCUGUUGGAGGUACACCUCAAGGAACCCGACACGCUGGCUGUGUCUCCUCUCAGGAACUUUGCCGAAGACAUUCUGAAUAUCCUCAGAACUAUUGGAGAACCUCUGACCGCUCUGGUUCACCGGCCAGUGCUGAAAAGAAAACUGGUGCCAGGAUUUCUGGAGGAGGAGGUUCGUUAUCCCAAAGAGUCUUUGGCCAGUUUGACACACCUGGUGUUCGUCCAUCUGUUGGCUGCCGAUGCUUUUUCUUAUGUUUACAGUCCCGUCUUCUGCCUUCGCUGUAACAUGGAGCACAUCUGCCUGCUGUUGUCCAGAACAGAGGAGAACAUGAUUCAGAAGGGAUUGGAGCUGUACGAGAAGAGUCUGCUGCGGGUGGACGACGGAACACUGUGUGCUGACCUGCUGGAGAUCAGAACUUUCCUCACUGUCCCCAAGAACUUGGUGAACGUCAUGACGAUGUGCCCAAGACACGAUCUAAGAACUAAAGGUCUGAAAAUAUUCCAGCUGAGCAUUGACAAGUUUGACACUGAAGCCAAGUACAAAUUCUUCCAGUACACACUGAAGGCCAUCAGUCACUCAGGAGUCCAGGGCUACAUCAUCAAAAACAUCAAGAACCAGAUCAACUCUGCCCUGCAGACUGGUAACAGUAACACCUGGUUCCUGGGGAUUCAUCUGCUGCCUCUGCUGAGGAAGGUUCUCAUCCUACCAGACGGACCAGAGACUGACCUGCUGCAGUACUUGGACAGAUUGAUGGAGUCUCUGAACCUGCUGCGCUACCUGAUCAUCAGAGACAAAGUGACAGAGAACCAGACAGGGAUCUGGACAGAGCUUUAUAAGAUCGAGGAUACGUUCACAAAGCCUCUGCGAGUCGGGCUGAACAUGACGAGAGCUCAUUAUGAGAAAGAGCUGCAGAACACCAUGGAGGACAAGAAAGCCAAGACCAGAGAGGAAAUGAAGGUUUCUGUGUCUGUCGGUGAUGAGAAGCUGCCUAAGAUGACGUCGCAAUCGCAGAUUCAGGCUCUACACUCAGCCCUGCACACAUUCGACAUGAUUGAGAGCGUGUUGGUGAGAGUAGAGGAACUCAUCGACGUGCAGGAAACUCCCUAGAAAACUCUCCAACGUCAGCGUCUAUCUACUGCAUCUCAGGACAAUCUGUUGUAUAACAGUUGCCUUUUUUUUGGACUUUCUAUUUAAAAAUAAUGAGAAACUUUUGAGAAACCGAUUUGGUUUGUAGCAACAGUGUAAUAAUGUUGAACAAGUACACCCUGUCUCACAGAGUAAAAUUACAUUUUCCUUUUUUUCAGAACGAGACCUUUUUCUUUACACGUGAAAAUUCCCGUCCAGUUGCCUAACAGAACUCCUCAACCAUGAACCUGGAUGACUGAGAAUCUUCAUAGACCACAUAGAAUUUAUCCAAGACAAAGUAAAUUAACCACCAGAUAUCUGGACAAAACAUCAGUGUCCUAGGUGACACUAAAAUGAAACAAGCAAAAACAACUGUCAGUAACACUCUGUUGGGUCAGUUUUGUCUUUAUUACAUAAAUAAAUAAAUUCAGUGGUAAUAAUUUAACAUCUAAUAGGAACUGAAUUACAUUAAUGUAGUAAAAAAAUGUAUAUACACACACACUUGCAUAUGUACAAAUACUAUAUAUACACAUAUUUGAAAAAAAAAAAAAA